AUGGCAAACCGCCUCAAGGUCCUUCUUCCGCAGUUCAUAAACAAAGCUCAAGGAGCCUUUGUGGGAGGCCGUAGCAUUGGUGAAAACAUCCUUCUAUGCCAAGAGCUUAUGCAGGGAUACCAUAAGGACACUCUUGAAAAGAAAUGUGCCAUAAAGAUUGAUAUUAUGAAAGCUUAUGACUCUUUGAAUUGGGAUUUCUUACUUGCUGCUCUUAAUACCAUUGACAUACCGCAAACUUUCAUAACUUGGAUAAGGAGUUGCAUCACUAGUCCUAAGUUUUCAGUGGGCUUAAAUGGUGAACUUGUGGGCUUCUUCAAAAGUACUAGGGGGCUAAGAGAGGCUAGUUUAGAUGACCUUUGGUAUAUGAGGAACCAUCUCACAUGGAGUAAUUGCAGUGAAGGGCAAAGGAGGAUAGCUUGUAAAUUGGAUAGAGCACUUGUCAAUGAAUAUUGGAGAGAUGCCUUUGUAGAUUCUUUUGCUAACUUUCUCAACCCUUCUAUCUCAGAUCACUCUCCAUGUAUUGUGACUUGUGGGGGUAUUGAAGAAAGGAGGAAGGUCCCUUUCAAAUUAUACAACAUGUGGGCGAAACAUGAAAGCUUCCUUAGUAUUGUUAGGGAGGCUUGGAAAGAGGAUUUCAGUGGCAGCCCUAUGUUCCAUCUUGUUAACAAACUUAAGAGAUUAAAAGGAGAAUUAAGGAAGGUAAAUAGGGAUGGCUUUUGGAAAAUUUCAGAUAAGGUGUUAGAAGCUAAAGAUAUGGUGGAGGAUAUUCAGAAUAGGCUUCAUAAUAACCCUUUUGAUGAAGACUUAGCUAAGGAAGAAAAGGUUUGGCUGGAGAAUUAUAGUAGGCUUAGUGGGGCAGAAGAAUCUUUGGCUUGCCAAAAAACAAAGGUCCAUUGGCUCAAAGAAGGGGAUCAAAACACCAAAUACUUCUUCAAAUGCAUUAAAGCUCACAGGAAUAGAAAUUAUAUUAAUGGUGUGUGCCUUGAAGAUGGAACUUUUGUAAGUGCCAUGGGAGAUGUAAAGAAGGAAUUUGUUAGCUACUUCAAGAAGGUACUCAACUCCUUGGAUUCAUGUAAUCCUAAUAUUGAAGAGAUUAAAAGGCUGGUUACUUUUCAAAUGAAGCCUCAAGAUAGGGAGACCAUGAUCAAGGAUGUGGAGGAGGAUGAAAUCAAAUCCAUAAUCUUUGCCAUGGACAACAAUAAAGCUACCGGUCCGGAUGGUUAUGGUGCAUAUUUUUUUGCAAGGACUAUAGGCCUAUAG